CAAAAAGAACUCAUUUCAUUUUCUCCUAUUAGCUGCCUCAAACAUUAUCUAGAUGAUUUGAGAUAUUUUCACCUAUAUUUCAUUUCAACUUUUCAUCCUUUUCAUUCAUCAAUUGAUGUGCCAUAACCAACAUUGAGAAACCCUAUUUUGAUGGAUGAUGAAAAUGGCUCACGCAAAAGGAUCAGAGGAAAUCAUCAACCUUCUAAUCCUUUGGGAAGUUCUUCUGAUUCUCCCCCUAACGAAGAACACGCUGAUGAGAUCAUUGAGAGGGACACAUCAAGCUUCCCAACGCAACCUCGAGGCAACAACAAUGGCGUUCAGGUUCCUCUUCCCACUCGUCGACAACUCCGUAGACUUGAUAUCCGUUGUGUUUCAUCAAAUCCUCCACACAGUGCUAUGAUCACUCCACAAACAAGUUCUCAAAUUCUCCAUUCGGAAGGAGUCAUGCCAGAGACACCUCUUAGCCAUCAAAUUGGGGUUGCUUUGACCGAAGAAAGGGAAAAUUUAGAGGACCAAGAUAGAAUUACUCGCAUGAAUAUCAAUGGCAUGACUUUUGAGGAGAAUGCUUUGAUGGAUGAAAUGGAAAAUCUAAUCGACCAACAUCGACAAUUUCUCUCACUUAUUGAUGAAAUGUCUAAUGAGGAUUUUUCGUUAUUUAAUGAAAUGGAAAAUCAAAAUGAUGAACAUCAAGAUAUGCGGCUGAAUAUUGAUGACAUGUCUUAUGAGGAACUUCUUCAAUUGGGUGAGAGGAUUGGAAGUGUAUCCACUGGUUUAUCAAAAGAAAUAAUUGCCAUACAGCUGAAGACAAAACUUUUUUCACCAAGUCCUGUUGCUAUUAAUUUGGAGGAAUUACCACCUGAAGAAGAUGGGGAAAAUAACUCUUGCCUAAUAUGCCAGGAGGAGUUUAAGGAUCAAGAGAAGAUUGGUGUUAUCAAAUGCAAGCAUGAAUAUCAUGCAAAUUGUAUAACACAAUGGCUGCUUUUAAAGAAUAGUUGCCCAAUCUGCAAAUUAGAAGCUUUGGAUGAUGCAUAAGAAUCUAUAAAUUCUUCGUGCAUUGAUAUCCCUUAAUAUCUCUCAAUGCACUUUUUGGAUAAUUUGACUUUUGACUUUAUUCAUAUUUUGCUAUGGUAUUAUGUAUGUUGGGUACUAGAACUUUGAAUCUAUCAACUUGCAUUUAUUUUAUCAUGUUGGAUUAAUUAUAUUAGUACUUGUUUUUAUAUGCAUGAGUUGAAUUAAAACUCGUAUACU